AUGAAGCGUCUCGAAUGUCCCCUGUGCGACUUCACCAUUCUUUCAAAAGAUGGCUACUUCCUUCAGUUGCAUUUCGAGCAGGCUCAUACCACCGACUCACCCUUCAUUAUCCAAGAUGAUCCGGAGCCGUUGCGAUCUUCAUUACCACCCACGCCUGCAUCGACGGGCAACAACGACGAGCAGACACCUUCCUCUUCCGGCUCUUGCGAAUCUGAUUCUGAUUCGGACUUGGACUCCGAUGAUUCUGACCAAGAAGAAAGAGCCAUCAAAAGUUCCGCCUCCAAUUCUUACGAGCUUGUUUCUCCUUCUGAACACGACGGCCAUAUCGACUAUUGCCGCAUAGAGACUUUAUCAUUCGACGAGACCACCCCAAAAUGUCAUUCUAAACGUUCAUCCGCUACUAUGCACAGCUCAUCUUCCACCCAUCGCUCACAUAGGCGCCGUACUACGAGCACAUCUGUCGAGCAUAACACGAAAAACGAAACGCGCACUGCCUUGAAGAGGACCGACGGCCACAGCCGCAGAUCAGCCAAGAAUGGACCUCGACGCCGACGGAAUACAAAUGACAGUGACAACACUACCAUUAGCAGAAGUAUCCUGGGUUUUAGCCCUUUCACAAAGUCCCAUAAGAAUGCCAAGCCGCCAUCUAAGAACGCUCGUCUUGAUAAAUCUGACCUGGGCGAAUAUGCCUUUGAAGAGCGCAUGCCAGAAUGGCUGCACAGGCAGCUUAGCGCCGGCCCCGAGAUCACCAUCGUCAACCGCAUUGGAGGGGACGGUCGCCUCAUCAAGCAUGAGCAGGUGCAAAAUGAGACGCCAGGCAUCAUACCUGUUCUUGCACAGCUUUCCGCCUUAGACCGCACGGUACAGCAGGCAUAUUAUUGUCACCCUUCUACCAUUCACGUUGGAAAAACACCUCACGAAGGUGGCUUCUGUGGUUAUCGCAACAUUCACAUGCUUCUCUCAUACAUUCAAGGCGCAAAGGCACAGGGUCACGAAGAAUUUCCUGGUCGAUUGCCAACCAUAUUGAAGUUGCAGGACCUCAUAGAGGAAGCGUGGGACAACGGUAUCAACUCGAUCGGCCGUGUCCAAACUGGUGGAAUUCGCAACACAAGAAAGUACAUUGGUACUCCAGAGGCGCAAGCAUUUUUUCUCAAUGCAGAGAUCAAUUGCGCCGUAGAAGUGUUCUUUACCACAGAAGAUCGCAAGACCUUGGCUCAUAGAACACUUCUUACUGCUGUAGAGCGAUAUUUUGCCCAAGCAGCCACUGACGAUGGUUCCACUGUAUGCAAGACCCUACUACCGCCUAUCUACCUCCAGCAGCCCGGUCACUCCCUCACCAUUGUUGGAUUCGAACGCCACUAUGAUGGCACUUGCCACCUAGUCGUCUUUGAUCCCAUGUACCAUACCACUCCUGCAAUGCAUAAGUUGCUUGGACGUAAGAACAUCAAAACUGCUCGACCGGAAGUUCUACAUACAUAUCGGCGCGGCUCUCGUAAACUUAGGAAGUUUAAGGCUUUUGAAAUCUUGAUGCUCACAGCGACACCACCUUUGUUCCCCGCUUGGGAUGUUCUUCGCCAAUUUCCUGACUGUCGCUUUGUAUACGUCUUUUUCCGUGCUCGCAGUCUUGGAUACGAUGUCUACCCUGAGGAUCAUUUUCUCCCGACCUUUCCGUGGCAGCAGUACGGCGGGCUUUGGUCUUGCGACGAUGCUCGCUUCGCCAGAGCAGAUCCUAUGAAUGCUCUUACUUCUCAAGCUCUUCGACGUAUUACGGGCCUAGGAAGCUCUGUUGAUUCUAGCAAUGGCAGUAGUCCUAGAAGCCCGACUAGCUUCUUUACCUGUAGUUCUUCUCCACAUACGCUGGCCACUGAGUACGAUGGCCUUCCAUCAUGGGGUCUUGCACUCGACGGCACUGUGAACAGCUUCACCAACUCAUCGCAGCCUACCGGAAGCGGUGCAGUCUUCAACAUGGGACCUGUCAGCACAAUUUUGCCCCAGCCAACGGCUGUGAAACCAUACCUCUCACUCUUGACCGAGGUCGGCAGAAAAUAUCCAGGCUUUCCCACCCCCCUUUCCCCUACCACGAGCGCAAAGGAUCUAUUUCCCUCUCCAACUUCCAAUCCCAGCAUCAUGUCUGGAACACCCCGUAUCCUCAGCUCCACAAUAACCCCCGCCAGCCCCAUGAGCAUCGACGGAUCCGAAAUGUGCGGUCCCUCCCACCGCUAUGAAUCUCACGGCUACGAACACUACGCCUCGCAACUCGAUUCCAUCGACCGCAUCCUCAACAAACAAAUCCGUAGUCUCCCUCGCACUCCAUCCGCUUCCCACCGCAGCAUCGCAAGCCCCCCGCUCAGCCCCUCACACUGCAUAUCCCCCGACAAUCCACCCCUCCACUUCCCCCGCAACCCAACUCUCCCAUCCAUUCCCAUCGCCAACGGCACAGAAUACGAAACCCCCUCUCCCCUCUCCCCCUCGGGCACCCGCCUAUCCUACACCUCCAACCGCAACGUCUCAUCCGGGCUCCUCGCCGUACCACCCCUUUCCGAGCACCAAGUCGCCGAAUACCGCUUCUGGCGCCCGUGUGGCCGGCGCAAUUGCGGGUUUGGAUGUGGAGGGCAGGAUGUCGGGGAGGUGGCGGCUGCGAAGAGGUUGUUUAGGGAUGUGGAAGAUGUUGUCGAGGAAGGGAGCAAGAGGGUGAGGAGUGGGUUUGAGCUCGAUGGCCAGGGUGAUGCAAGGGAGGAAGGGGGCAAGUCGAGUGUUUGGGCGGGGCGACGACUGGUUACUGAUUGGAGUAGUUUUUUGCGGGGUUGUGAGAGGGAGGGUGUUGCGCCGGUUUGA